AUGGCGGCUCCACACCAGCUCAUCGCGGCGGGUUUGGCCGAGGGCGACUUCCUGGCUGUCCGAUACAGAGUGGGUGGCCGGCGCCUUUGGCACCGCCGCCUGGUAGUGGCGCUCGUGCCCGGCGGGACCACCGUUGCGGGCAUCAUGACUCCCGACCUCGAUGAGUACGACGAGGACGUGGCCGACCAGGCGAAUAUCGCAGAGUGGACGAUGCUCCCGCUUGGCACGAUCGGGCCUGCUGCUCCGGCUAUGGGUAACGACGACGUCUACGACUUCAGGCACAUCCCGUUGCAAGCCGCGGUGGAUGCAGCUCGAACCGCAGCAUACGCGAGAAGGGGGGCGGUGCCGGUCGGGCCCAUCGUGGUCAACCUCGCCGGGCGCGUGGGGGCCGGCGCUCCUGUGGGCGCUGCACCCCCUGCGGCUGGCGGCGCGGCGGCUGCGGCGGCUGGGGGCCCUGGCGGCGGCGGCGGCCUCGCGGGGCUGGUGGCGGCCCUUGGCGGCCCUGCGGGCGGCCCGGCCGUUGCGGCGGCCGCCCCAGCGGCCCUGGUGCCCGUGGCAGCGCCCGCCGCCCCUGCCGCCGGCGCGGGCGCCCCGCCAGCCGGGCCUGGGGCCGCGGCGGCCAUCCUUGGCGCGCCCGUCGCGCCCGCCGCCCUGGCAGCGCCCGGCGCGCCCGCGGCGGCGGCUGCAGCUCCCGCGGCGGGCGCCCCGGCGGCCCCGGCUGUGGCUGGACCUGGCGGCGACGCCCGGAUCUUCGGCGUGGUGGUCGAUGCGCGCGGGGUCCGUCAUGUGGACUUCCGCACCGCAGUCACCCGGAUGACCGAGCUCCCCUGGCCAGACUGGCCCGUGCGAGGGCCGCGCACGUUGCGGUGGGUGGCAGAGUUCAUGGCGCAGCGGAGCGGCACGAGUGGAGAUCCACCAGACGGGCUGCGUCGUCUUACCUACGACCAGGAACGCGCCACGAACCUCGCCCACCUCGAGCUCGUCGCCCGCUCGAUCCAGGUGCAGGAAGAGAAGUACCGGUUUCUCGUUGAGCCCGACGAUGCCUCGGCUGCUGACAGGAGCGCGCCCUCGCCGGCGGCCAGCCUGGCGGCGGGCGCGGAGGGGGCGGCAGGGGCCGCGGCGGCCGGCGGGGCAGAGGCUCCGGUGCCGCAGGCGGCGAUGCCUAGCUUGCCGGAGGGCGGUCGGCUUGGCCCGCCGCCGCCCUCGCGCCUCCAGGCCUCCGCGGGCGCCAACAGCGCUGCCCGCGCUUCGGGCGAGGCCGGGCCCCCUUCGCGUGAAGACUGUCGCCGGCGCAACCUCUUCCCGCUGCCGCAGCUCACGGCAGCCGACGCGGCGCCUGGCCUCUCUCGCACCCGGCGGCGCGCUCGGGCGGGCCACGCCCUCGGGCGCGCGCUCGACCGGGCCAGCGCUGCCGUGCAUGCACUGAAUUACCUAUGCGGUGACAAGUCCUCGCCCGAGUCGGCCGUUCCGACAGCAGGGCAGCGCUGCGCCGUCGGUCACAUCUGGGGCACCAUUGCCGCCCUCGGCCCCGAGCCGGACGAGUGCCGCGACGACGUGUCCGACCCCAACGGGGCCCUCCGGGAGCUCCUUGCUGGGUCCGCGCUGCACCCUGACGGCAGCGGGCCCACUACUCCCUACGUGCCAGACCUCGUCUCUUGGCCCGAUGUGUCCCAGCCCCCAGCGCCGCUCCUUGGGCUGCUUGGAGAGCGGGGCGCCGCCGCGCUGCAGGAGUGGAGCUGGGCCCUGCACCCGUGCCGGACGGUGCUGCAGACAUCCCUGUGCCGAGCCGGCUUCUCGCCCGAGAACCUGAUCCUUGACGGCCAUAGCAGCUGCCAGCUCUCUGGCGACCCAUCCUCGGUCGUGGGCGCCGGCUACGCGGGCAACUUCUUCGUCCUUGGCGGCCCCCCGCAGCACGUGAGCGAGCAGCUGCAGGCUAUCGCCGACGACCUCCAACGGCAUGGGCUCGCAGUUCAUGGCGUCGAGGAGCCCUCCCAGGACUGCGACUUUCUGGGGCUGUCGCUGCGCGAGGGGCGCUGGCUCAGCCUUCGGACUCGUAACAUCUGGCGCCUCCGCGCGGCCAUCCGCGGCGCCCUGCGCCGCCAGCUGAUCAGCGGGUUCCUGUUGCGGGUGCUCACCGGCCACAUCACGUGGGCCCUUCUGCUUCGACGAGAGAUGCUGUCCGUGCUGCGGGCGACCUACGCAUUCAUUCAGGCCGCCGGGCCCGCGGCGGCGCCCCUGUGGCCUGCGGCGCGACAGGAGCUCCAGCUAAUUCACGACCUGCUGCCCCUUUGCACGGCCGACCUGGGCGCCCCCUGGCACGGGCGCGUCGCGUGUGCAGACGCCUCUCCGUGGGGGCUGGGUGUCGUUGCUCGCCGCGCCCCAAAGGACCUCGUGGGCGCCACAGGCCGAGUUGCUGAAAAGUGGAGGUAUAAAGUCGAGGGAGGAGCGCAGGCGAGAGCUCGCACUGUAGGGGUGUCGGAGGAGACCGACGCCGCCGCCGACCUCGGCUACCCCCUCUCGUUCGACAGCUCGGACAACGCGAACGACGAGCUGGGGCGUUCGGUGCUCGAUCCUCGCCCGCCCGUCGACUUCGCGGAGGUCCCCGCGCAUUUCAUGCGGGAGUCGGCCUGGGGCUCGGUCGCCGCGGUCUUCGUCGACGGUCAGGCCAACAUCUUGGCCUUGGAGGGGGGGGCUCUCGUUCUUGGGCAUCGCCAUCUGUUACGGUCCACGUCUUCGUUCGGGUCCCGGUUCCUCGCCCUCUCCGACAACCUGCCCUUGGCCCUGUCGGUCGGGAAGGGCCGGGCUCGCAGCAGGCACCUCCAGAGCACCCUUCGCAAUAUCUGCGCGCUCUCCGUGGCCACUGGCUCAACCCUGUCUGUCAGGUGGAUCCCGUCGGAGGCGAAUCCCGCCGACGGGCACAUCGGCCGGCGCCGGCACUGCCGGGCGUGGGGCUGCUGGAUCACGCGGCUGCACUGGCUGCUGGCGCUCCUCCUCCGGGCCGCGCUGGCUGGGGGGAAGCAGGCGGCUCCGACGGCGUCGGCGCUGAGGGGCGAGCGAGCCCGCCGCGCGCUGGAGCUUGCAGCUGCUGCGGCGCCGGUCCUGGGGCUCUCGCUGCUGGAGCGGCUGGCGGUGCGGCCCUCGACCGAGAAGCUCUACCGGGGGGCGCUGUCGGCCUUCGCGAGCUCCUGCGCAGGGCACCGCCUGGACUGGACGGACCAUGCCAGCCUCGACUCGGUCUUCGUGCAGUACAUGGACAGCGAGUUCCUCCUCGGCGGCGGCGGGAACAUGGGGAACGUGCUCCUGGCGGCGGUCGCCCACUUUCUCGGCUCGCUCCACAAGCGAGCGGCGACGCAGCUGCCGAGGGCGCACCGCGCGGCUGCAGCCUGGGCCCGGCGGGCGCCGGGCCGCACGCGCCUCCCGCUGCCGCGGCGAGUCGUGUUUGCCAUCGCGGGCGUCCUCCUGCGCGACGGGCGCUCCCGGCUCGCCAUCUGCGUCCUCGUCAUGUUUGCGUGCUGCCUCAGGCCCGGGGAGGCGGCGAAGCUGCGCGGGCGCCACUUGAUAGCGCCUUCUGCCUCCGCGGGGACGCUCUACCAGUACUUCGGGCUGCUCCUGCGCGAGAGCGGCAAGGACCCAGGCAAGACGGGCGUGAACGACGAGAGCAUCCUCUUCGACCGCGAGGGCUGGCUCGCCCCCCUGCUGGCGGCCUUGAAGCUCAGCACCCUGCCCGACCAGCCCGCCUGCCGGGAGCUGUCGCUGGAACGCCUCCGACCACACUUAUACAGCUUGCGUCGCGGCGGAGCCUCGGACGACAUGCUGUCGCAACGGAGGUCUCUGCCAGAGAUUCAGAGGCGCGGACGAUGGCAGUCCGCGAAGAGUCUCAACCGCUACACCAAGGAGACAAAGCUGCUGGACGAGCUCGCCUGGAUCCCUCCAGCUGCCCUGGAGCUCGGGGCUUUCGUCGAGGACAAUUUGAUGGCGCUCGUCGAGGGCCCCCUCCCCGCGCUGCUGGCGACUGGCCGCGUGCCGGCCGGGGCCGCCGGCCUGCUCGGAACUCGGGCC